UAGUUGUACGGUACUCCGAGUCAGAGGCAAAGUCAGUCUCAACUAGUCUCCCUGGCUCUUCUCGCAUCUACUUUAUCGAACACCUGGCCUUCCUCGCGGUGAUGGACUCCAUUCCGCCCGGCAGCAAAGAUAAAGGAUCUUAUCGGGUAAAAGAAAAAGAUGCAGGCCAGUAAUUCGUCCAGCGAAGAUCAGAAGUUUCUGGUACGAAGAUUACAGAUCUCAGACAAAAGCAAGGGUUUUAUAGAGCUGCUGCGGCAACUAACCGUUUGUGACUCUGUUUCUGACAAUGACUUUGAAGAUCGAUUUCAUGAGAUCAGCUCCCUUGGAGCUUACCACGUUAUUUGUGUCAUAGAAGAUGAAUCGUCUGGGAAGAUCAUUGCAACUGGGAGUGUGUUCAUUGAGAACAAGUUUCUGAGGAAUUGCGGCAAAGUUGGGCACAUUGAAGAUGUUGUGGUCGACUCCAAUGCUCGGGGGAUGCAAUUAGGCAAGAAAGUCAUUGCAUUCCUCACGGAUCAUGCUCGUUCUAUGGGUUGCUAUAAGGUGAUUCUUGACUGCAGUUUGGAGAAUAGGGCAUUCUAUGAGAAAUGCGGUUUCAAGCAAAAGGAAAUUCAGAUGGUCAAGUAUUUUGUGUGAUUUUUUUACUGCAAUUUUGGUAGCCACUGGUGUCUUGUUUCUAUUAGAACGAGGAAAACCAAAAUAACUUGUGAUCAUACUGUGAAAUUCAUAGCAUCAAGAUGCUCUCUAAUUUCUAGGAUAUUAGCAAAAUUCAUGGAUAAAUAUAGAGUUGAGAAAUGCUAAUCAUCACCUUUUCAACCACCAUCAUUUCAUCGUGAGUCCAGACUUGCCAGUUUACUAUUAUCCAGAUUUGCAAGGCAUGAACAAAUCACAUUAAUAAAUUAGCUGA